AUUGUCAUUGUCAAAUACGCGUGUUGCAAACAACAUUGUUUUUGAGGUUAUAAUUUAAUAGGAACUUCGUUUGUAAAUUGUUGAACAAAUAAUGUCAUUCCGUGGGAGAGGAGGCGGUGGCGGUCGUGGAGGUUUCGGAGGCCGGGGAGGUGGAGGCGGAGGAAGAGGUUUUGGCGGAGGCCGAGGAAGAGGCGGUGGUGGAGGACGAGGCGGUGGCGGCGGCUUCAACAGAUACCAAGACGCGGGCCCUCCGGAGUCAGUCAUCCCUCUGGGCCACUACGGUUGGACCGUCCAAGACGAUCUAGUGUGCAAAGUAGACAUAGAAGACGUGCCGUACUUCAAUGCGCCUAUAUUCCUGGAAAACAAAGAGCAGAUUGGUAAAAUUGACGAAAUAUUCGGUAACUUGCGCGAUUACUAUGUGUCAGUCAAAUUGGGCGAGAAUAUAAAAGCAAAGAGUUUUAAGGAUGGCCAACAGUUUUUCAUUGACCCCGCGAAGUUGUUGCCGCUGAAGAGGUUCUUGCCGCAGCCUCCGGGGGCUAAGCGUGGGGGUGGGAGAGGUGGGGGACGUGGAGGCCGAGGUGGCGGCGGAGGCUUCAGCAGAGGCGGUCGAGGAGGAGGUGGUUUCGGUAGAGGUGGUGGUGGCGGUUUCGGUCGAGGUGGCGGAGGUGGGUUCGGUCGAGGCGGAGGAGGUGGUUUCGGUCGAGGCGGCGGUGGUGGAUUUGGCCGAGGCGGAGGCGGCGGAUUCGGUCGAGGCGGCGGCGGCAGAGGUGGUGGCUUCAGAGGCGGCCGAUGAUUGUAACAAUACACAGUGGUUUCCACAUACCGUGACUUUGGUUAAGGAGACAAGUGAUUGUUGUACAGUCACAUGUUUUUAGUGCAGUGUAUAAAUAGGGAAUAAGUGAUGACAGAAUCAAUUUUAUAAAAAAAUUUAUCUUUAUAAUUAUUAUGUAUAAACUAAGGUAUAUUUAGCAAAGAUGUACAUCUGUAUGUACAUUUUUAAAUUUCUAUAUAGCUGCAUUAUUAAUGUUCAGAUAUAUGUCUGAACAUUAAUAUUGCAGCUUUAUAUAAUUCUGUUAAAUAAUUGUUUUGAGGCAACAAUGGCAAAUUAGUGAACUCAUUUAUUGUUAGUCUUCAUGUACGUUCAUAUAAGUUUACAUACUGUUUCAUCGGAGCAUUGUGUGAGAGCAUUGCAUAUGAGCAAGUAUAAUUGGAAUCCUUGGCUAUUGGUUGAAACUUCACUUAGGGAGUAGUAAAUACAUUAUUACACUUAGUUAUAAAAUGUGACUGUAUACAAAUGUUUGUUCCAUAAACUGUUAUAGUUGAUUAUCAAUAUGUUGAUAAAUGAGACAAUUUUGACUUAAGUAAAUAAUGUUUGCCCUUUGGCGACUAUGAUAAAUAUUUUAAGUAAU